UGCAGCACUGCAGCCACAGGCCAGAUCAAGGGGACCCAUAGUGCCAGACACCAGGGCUGGGGGGCCAGAAGCUCGGCCCCCAGUAGGCCUCAGAGGCUGGGGAUGGUGAAAUCUCACUGGCAAGGCUGCGGUGGGCGCAGCAGGAACCUGUGAUGAGAUGCUCAGCAGUUAGGGCAGCUGUGUUGAGGCUGGGAGCCCACAGGAAGUGACUUGGUGCAGGGCUGAUGCGCCUUUGCCCAGGCACCCAUCCCAGGACGGGAGCUGCAGGCUGGUGAGGCUGGGGGCAUGUCUGCAGAGUGCCGGGAGCCCGGGCCAGGGGGACCUCAGGGCAGGUGCCCAGGGCCAGGUGGACCCUCUGGGGCCUGGGGCUCAGGUCAGUGCCCCACUCAGACUGCCCCUGCGCCCUGGAGCCUGCCCCGCUGGAGAGCUUACAUGGCCGCCGCAGUGCUCUGCUACAUCAACCUUCUGAACUACAUGAACUGGUUCAUCAUUGCAGGAGUGCUGCUGGACGUUCAGAAGUUUUUUCAGAUCAGUGACAGCAAUGCUGGUUUGCUUCAGACGGUCUUCGUUGGCUGCCUGCUGCUGUCUGCACCUGUGUUUGGCUACCUGGGCGACCGACACAGCCGCAAAGCCACAAUGAGCUUUGGGAUCCUGCUGUGGUCAGGAGCAGGCCUUUCCAGCUCCUUCAUCUCUCCCCAGUAUUCCUGGCUCUUCUUCCUGUCCCGGGGAGUCGUGGGCACUGGCACGGCCAGCUACUCCACCAUUGCGCCCACUGUCUUGGGUGACCUCUUCGUGAGGGACCAGCGGACCCGGGUGCUGGCCAUCUUCUACAUCUUUAUACCUGUUGGAAGUGGUCUGGGCUAUGUGCUGGGAUCGGCUGUGACAGCGCUGACUGGGAACUGGCACUGGGCCCUCCGAAUCAUGCCCUGCCUGGAAGCUGUGGCCUUGAUCCUGCUUAUCACGCUGGUUCCAGACCCACCCCGGGGGGCUGCUGAGAAGCAGGGGAAUGUGGCCAUGGGGGGCCUGAGGAGGAGCAGCUGGUGCGAGGAUGUCAGAUACCUGGGAAAAAACUGGAGUUUUGUGUGGUCAACCCUUGGAGUGACAGCCAUGGCCUUUGUGACAGGAGCUCUGGGCUUCUGGGCCCCCAAGUUUCUGUUUGAGGCCCGUGUGGUACAUGGGCUGCAGCUUCCCUGCUUCCAGGAGCCCUGCAAUAGCCAGGACAGCCUGAUUUUUGGGGCACUGACCGUUGUGACUGGCAUCAUUGGGGUCAUCCUGGGAGCAGAGGCUUCGAGGAGGUACAAGAAAGUCAACCCCCGGGCCGAGCCCCUCAUCUGUGCCUCCAGCCUGCUUGUUGCAGCCCCCUGCCUCUACUUGGCUCUCACCCUGGCCCCAACCACCUUCCUGGCCUCCUAUGUGUUCCUGGCCCUCGGUGAGCUGCUUCUGUCCUGCAACUGGGCAGUGGUUGCUGACAUCCUGCUGGGGAGCUCCCUGGUGCUCCUGUGUUUUGCAGUCCGUGGUGGUGCCCAGGUGCCGGGGUACAGCAGAGGCGCUUCAGAUCACUGUGGGUCACAUCCUGGGAGAUGCUGGCAGCCCCUAUCUCACUGGACUUGUAAGGCUGGCCUCUCUCCUCUGCAGAUCUCCAGUGCCUUGCGGACAGGGCAUCCUGACUCCUACUUGCAGUGCUUCCUCAGCCUCCAACAGAGUUUCCUGUGCUGCGCCUUCGUCAUCGCCCUGGGUGGCAGCUUCUUCCUGCUGACUGCACUGUACCUGGAGAGAGACCAGGCCCAGGCCCAGGCCCUGGCCCGGCAGCCUGGCACAGGUGCCCCCACCCCUCACACCCAUGCCAGGCUCAGGGCUGAACCCCAUAGGAGCAAGGAGCAUCAGCCACCCCCUGAGCCCCUAGCCAGUGGAUUUGUUCAUUCAUUCAUUCAAAAAUAGUUAUUGCUCACAUACUAUGUGCCAGAUAAGGUUGCAGAGGCUGGGGAGUGAACUCCAAGUUCAAGUCUUCAUGGAACUGAUGCCUAAGAAGCUAGAGACAGACAGGAAACAGAAAAGCAAAAGACAGUGUGUUCAAGGUGAUCAGUGCUACAGAGAGGCAUAAAGCAGAAAAGUGGGAAGGGAGAAACAGGUUGGAGCAGCUGGCAAUUUUUGAAAAGGUGGUCAAAGAGGUCCUAACUGCACAGAUGACAUUCAAGCAAAGAUUUGGAGGAGAAAAGCUGGGCCAACUUAUCUAGGGGAAGGUGCUCCCAGCAGUGGGAACAGCUAGUGCAAAGGCCCUGAGGUCAGAAGGUACCUGAUGUGCUUGAGGAUUGGUGAGGAGGCCAGUGUGGCUGCAGCAGGAGCAAGGAGAACAGUGGUAGGAAUGAGAGUGGCAGUAAUGGGGCCAGAGCAUGGGAGACUUGGGGAGCCUCUGCAGGACUGUGUAACUGAGUGAGAUAGGAGCCACUGCAGGGUUUCCAGUGGAUGAGCCUCAAGGCAUCUGAUUCACACUGUAGAAGUACCACUCUGGUUGCUGCAUCGCUUCCCUCCCAGCUAGAAUAGGGGGUCAGCAUUAAAGCAGAGAGGCCACAGGAGGCUCUGUGGUCACCGGGGGAGACCAGUGGGGCUGGGACCAUGUUGGUGGCAUUGAAGAUGGGGAGAAGCAAGGGGAUCAGAAAUUUAUUUUGAAAAUGAAAGCUAGAGGAUUUCUAGACAGAUGGUGCCCAACCCUGGUCUCAAAGUAUCUUCUGCCUCCUUUGGGGCUGGCUGACCUCU